UUAUAAACCCUUGUCUUGAUAUAUGUAUUCUUUAGUUUAAAUACCCACAAAAUAUAGACGGCAUAAAAGCAGCAGUGUUCUCUGCUAAAAAAUAAUCACCUGAAACCUUCCAGCUCCUGAUACAUAUAUUGCAAUAUACACAGGAAAAUAUAGAAAAUCUUAGAGUCACCAUUUACAUACACUGGAUAUAUACGCAAAGAAAUCAUAACGAAAACCUCAAAGGCGCCCUUGGUGUUCGUACUUCUGACAUUUUUUUCUCAUAGACAUGGCAGGAAGCGCCGGCGAAUUCAUCGCUAUUCAGCCUAAAGUUUAUCCCUCGACUAAGCCUCCAGGAUCGGUUGAUUCAAGCUACUGGAAAUCCUUCCAAAAGAAAGAUGUCUCGCAGCAUUUUGCAGGCGUUACUUGCAUUGAUUUUUGCCCUGAAGCUCCCCACGACUUUGCAGUGACAUCGUCUACCAGGGUGUCUAUAUAUGAUGGGAGAUCUUGUAAGCUUAAGAAGACAAUUUCAAAGUUUAAAGAUGUGGCAUACUCAGGACAUUUUCGUUCUGAUGGACAAAUUAUUGCUGCUGGUGGAGAGACGGGAAUUAUUCAGGUUAUUGAUGUGAAGAGUGGGAUGAUUCUACGGCAACUAAAGGGUCAUGGCAGGCCUGUUAGAUUGGUGAAAUAUGCUCCUCAGGACAAACUCCAUCUGCUUUCUGGAAGUGAUGAUAGUAUGGUCAAAUGGUGGGAUGUCACAACACAGGAAGAGUUACUAAAUCUAGAAGGGCAUAAAGAUUAUGUUCGUUGUGGGGCUGCUUGUCCUUCAAGCACUGAUAUAUGGGCUACAGGUUCAUAUGACCAUACUGUACGCCUUUGGGAUUUGCGCAACUCAAAGACUGUUUUGCAGUUGAAGCAUGGAAAACCACUCGAAGAUGUUUUAUUUUUUCCAUCUGGUGGGUUGCUGGCUACAGCAGGAGAUAAUAUAGUGAAGGUAUGGGACGUUCGUGGAGGAGGACGUCUCAUUCACAUGAUGGAAAGCCAUCAAAAAACUGUGAUGUCUAUGUGUAUUUCCAAAGUAGUUAAGUCUGGCCAUUCUUUGGAUGACACACCUUCUCGUCUUGUUACUGCAUCACUGGAUGGAUAUAUGAAAGUUUUUGAUCUCAAUCAAUUCCGGAUUACUCAUUCGGCAAAAUAUCCGGCUCCACUAUUAUCAAUGGGCAUAUCCCCUUCUUGUAACACAAUGGCAAUAGGAACCUCUUCUGGUCUUCUUUUCAUUCGUCAGAGGAAGAAGCAGGUAGAUGGUCCAAAGGCUUCAGAUUCUUUGGUAAGGGGAGGAGAAGAUCCCACUGCAGAAACCAAAGCUCCUGUUUUGCGUUCCAAUCAGUAUCGUUAUUUUAUUAGAGGCCAGAAUGAAAAGCCUUUAGAAGGAGAUUACUUGGUGAAACGACAAAAGAAAGUAAAAGUACAAAAAUAUGAUAAGCUAUUGCGACGCUUUCAUCAUACAGAUGCUCUAGUUCAUGCUCUAAAGAAUCCAUCUCCCAAGAGCAUGAUUGCUUUUAUGGAGGAGCUAGUUGCUAGAAAAAUGCUUCUGAAAUCUGUGGCCAAUCUUAAUGAGGAGGACUUCGAGCUACUAAUCAAAUUUUUGCGCAAGUAUGCUACCAUGCCAAGGUACUCUCGGUUCCUUGUUUCUCUUACAGACAAGGUCAUAAAUUCACGUGCUGCAGAUCUUGGAAAUUCUCAAAUUGUGAAACAAGAGAUUCUGCAUCUGAGAUCUGAUGUUAUUGAAGAAAUUAAAGUACAAGAGGCUAUGCAAGAAUUGCAAGGGAUUAUUGAGCCACUUCUUCGAGCUUCUGCCCGAUGAUGGAUUUAAAAAUGCAGAAACAUGGUUCCUUCUCUCAAGAAGCAACAGACUCAAUUCUUUCACAUUUUGCAAACAUUUUGCGAUUGCAAUGCAUAUGCCACCCUUGCAAAAUGUUUUAAAGUAUUUUUAUCAGAUUUUGCAUAGUUCGUUCGGCUCUUCUUCCUUUGUCAUAUUUUUAUUUCAAUAGGAUGAUAUAUCAAUGAGAAAAAAGAUACUUAUACAAGGAUACGCGAUAGCAUGAGAAGUGUAUUUUGUUCCCCUACCUACAGAGGCAGAGUCUUCACAAUCAAUGCAUAUCUUGUCACUUAAAGGCUUUCAUCUAUCUGAGAUAUAUUGUAACUUAUAAUUGCCACACAAUAUCCAAGAAGUAUAGCAUGCAUUAUUCA